AUGUCUCCCUUCAAUCUGCCCUUUCCACCUACAAUCUUCUGCACCAUCUCAUUUGCAACUUUCUUCGCUGCCAUUCGACUUUCACGUCGAGGUCGACUCUACCUCGCCCCCUUACUAUUUGGCAGCGCUGUUUUUUCAGUAAAAAACAGCACUUACCUUUCCUGGGUUUUUCCUGGUGCACCAUCCUACUGGAACCUUUUUAUGUGCGUGUGGAUGCACCAUGCGGCAUCAGUGCUGUACAUUGAACCAUUCCAGUUGCCUCUUGUCUCCAGCAAGGGCAAGGAAGCCUGGAUAUUAGCAUAUAAAAUAUGGAACGACCCGCAACGCCAACUCAAAUGGUCAACAUAUCUCCAGAAAAAGAAUCCGGAACCCACGGCAUAUACGAAGCGGUUCAUAUUCGUACUACGGCGUGUAGUCAAAGUCGCUAUCUGCUGGUUGCUACAGCUUCGAGUCAUCGGCCCGACAGUAUCCACUUACUUCCGCCUCACCGCUGCAGACUUUGCGCCGUCAUAUCAUCCUUUCGUCAGCAGGCUGUUGUGGCCGGACUCUGGUCCAGCUAUCACAAUCCGAGAAAUUCAACUCCGUUCUCUCAUGUCCGUGUACUGGAUCUGGCUCGCAUUUCUCCUCCUCGACGGCGCCAAUGUGCUCCUUUCGAUCUUCUUCGUAGCUGUGCUGCGCAUUGACACCCCCGAAGAAUGGCCACCGCUAUAUGGCAGUCCGCUACGCGGAUCUAGCAUCCGUGGCUUUUGGGCUAAAUUCUGGCAUCGACUUGCUGGGCCAUCAUGUGCUUGCUCAGGGCGACUCAUCACGCGUCGGAUUAUGAGACUGGCACCGCAUUCUAACUAUGAGAAGGUGGUUAUUGCGUUUUGGACAUUCUUUGUUUCCGGCGUGUUCCAUGCUGUUGCGGACUGGCAGGGAGGUGAGACAGUAAUGCCUGUGGGUGAGAUGCAGUUCUGGCUGGCCAACUUUGCAGCCGGUGCGAUCGAGAUGCUGGUUGUAGGUGCAGUGGGGAGACGCCUGAGGGACGGUAGACUUGGACAGGCUUUACGGUCAAAUGUUCUGAGGAAAACGAUUGGAUUUGUCUGGGUCUUUGCAUUCUUCUUUUGGGUUGUGCCGAUGUGGCAGUACCCAAAAUUUUACGCGGCAAUGAGACCGGCGCGUCGAGUUGUCAUCAGGGAGCCUGGAUUUGCUCCAGAGUCGUUUGGGGAGAGUGGUUCCGCAAGGACUGGGAACUGGAGUGCUCCAGGGAUAGAAUUCAUAUCAUUGUUAGACUAA